GACAAGACAUGCGACACGGUUAAAGGUCUCUUCCGUAACAUUCGCAUCGCAAAACAAAUAAAUCUAAAAAUAAAUGAUUUUUUAGCUGUCAAUCCGUUAAAAAAAGGCAAAAUUACGGUUUUAAGCAUCGAGUAGUGUUCCUCAAAUAAAGUUAAAUGAAGUUAAAAUAGUAAAAUUCCAUGAAAAUUGAAAAAAUUCUAAAAGAAUGUAAAUAAAAAGCAAGAAAAAUACAACAACAAGUGAAGUGAAGUUGAAAAAAUAGAAAAGAAAAAAAGCAAAAUAAACAAAAUGUGUGCAAAAACGAGAAAAACGCGUUCAAUGAUCGACAAAUACUUGAUCGGAUUAACAUAUUUUCUACAGUGUGCCUGUCUUGGCAACCCACAACUCCUCAUAAAUGUUCAAAAUCAGGGAGGCGAAGUCGUGCAAGAGACAAUAACGUCGAACAUCGGAGACGAUGUCAUAAUUUUAGAGUUUCAACGAACCGAUGGCACACUAAUAACGCAACUAAUUGAUUUUCGAAGCGAAGUGCAAAUACUCAAAGCCUUAGUUUUAGGAGAGGAGGAACGGGGACAAAACACGUAUCAAGUAAUGUGUUUCGUAACUCGAUUCAUGAAAAGUGAAUUUAUAUCGUCGGAUGCGAUGGCAAAAUUACGACAGAAAAAUCCUCAUACUGUUCGAACGCCUGAAGAAGAUCGAGGAAAAGAAAACUUUACAAUGACAGGAUGGAUUCAUCUCGACAAAUCCAGUCCUAUUUCGCGUCACAUAUCGUAUUUAUGCUCAGAGGCACAAGACUCUACUUACGUCAGAGACGUCGAUAUCAAAGCAUGGAGUGAACUUCCAGGUGCAUCAAUAUCAAAUUUACUGUCUGCCGUACAAUCAUUCCCAAUUUUCGUGGCGAACAUUGACACUCCCAGCGUCAUUAAUAAUAAUAACCACAUUAAGCCCAUCGCCAAUAGCAUUAGUAACAACAAUAAUCAUCGCGGAACAAUUCCUCCUGCAAUUGCUGCACAAUUACAUCUGAAUGCAAAAUCAACAAUGUCACCACACAACAGUCGACAACACGAGCAAACCGAAACGCAAUCGUCGACGUCGAAAUGCAACGAAGUCUCGGCGAUAUGGGCGCCGUGCAUGUGUUCGUUGGAAAUGUGCAUCGGAUGGUAUCCGUGCGGCUUGAAAUAUUGCAAAGGGAAGCAACAACCGUCGUCGGAUAGCGUCAAUGCGAUAAAUGGAAGUGCAAGUAACAGCUAUCGAUGCGGCAUCAAGACGUGUCGCAAGUGCUUUCACUACGUUUAUUAUGUGCGACAAAAGCAGCAAUGUCUGUGGGAUGAAUGACCGAAGAAAGUUUCAGCCGCGGAAAGUGUCGCGACGCCCGUUAAUCUCUUCUAUGAUUUGAACAAGUUAUUUACGCAAGUUAUGCAUCACAUUUUAUAGCAGUAAGCAGUUUUACGAACAAAAUCCCAAAGACUUCUUAUGACAUUUUUUACUAAUUUUCAUUAAUUUUAAUCUCUCAUUCCCAUUUUUAACGCAAAAAAACUCAUUUUUACGAAUUUCGACUCGUAUUCGGCUUCUGACUGAGAACAACAAUUUCCUUUCCCUUGCUUCUCUUCUCGGAAAUCGUUUCCAAAUCCUUUCCGCAUGUCACAAGCGACAUCAUUAACAUCACUCCAGCCAAUAUCGCAGCAACGAACAGCUCAAAAAGCUUCAUUCCGAAUUGUUUGAACAACGAAACCGUCGUCGGAUGUGUAAAAAACCAAAAAAUCGCACGAAAAACGUAAAUGACUCCCUAAAAAAAAUUGUAAAUAAAAAAAAUGACAAUCAAGGGACUACUUACAUUGACGACCAUUUCAGAAAAACUUCCGUUGCGAAUUUUGAACCAAUUUUGCACAGAUUUGACCAUGAAAAGCUCUUCCAAAGGUUUUUCCGGUAAAAUUUCGUUGCUGUCGCGGAUUGAAAUGUUUUCCUUCGACUCGAUGAUGUUGCGAUAAAAUUCGGAAUUUUCCAAUUUUUCUGCCUCAAGAUUCAAAAGAGCUUCGUCGUUGAGACUUUUGUCGGAAAAACUUUUAGAUUCCUGCAAAAGCUGAUCCAAAAGUUUUUCUGUGUAAUCUACUUGACGACGUCGCUUGAGAUAUGUGUCGAUGAGUGCGUAAUCUGCACCGAGAGAGACCAUUUUCAAAAAAAAAUUGUUUGAAAUUUUCGCAAAAUGUCAAAUUUUUUUUAUCGAUGGUUGCUUUGUGAUUUUCGUGAAAAUUUCGCACUUUUGCCUUAA